CACGUGUCGGCCCCCCUCUUAAAACGCGGCUAGCGGUGGUGUGUUCUGUCUGGUCGUUCUUCGUGUGUGUAUGUGUGUGUGUGUGGUGGCUACAGUCGUGGGAAUCGGCGGACAGACAGACAGACAGAGGUUGCAGAUCAGUCGACGAGACGGCCAUCUCAUUCCACGGGCAGCCAGGCGGCCAAACAGGCAGACAGCCAUUUCGAGCAGCCAGCCACUCGAGUAGUGUUGUGUGUAUUCUAAGUGAGGUGCGCUAUCAUUAAAUCUGCCAACCACCAAACAGACAGACAGCAGGCAACACGCAACCAAUCAACGUCGUUCAGGGACCACGAGUGCGUUAUGAAUGCGUACCGGCUUGCACUUGCCGUCCUUACAGAUGCAGGAGUCGACCUCCCAUGUCAUAAAUUGCCCGGGCCGCGGGGGCAAUUUGUACUUGUAUGAGCCGCAGUACGUCAGGCCUUUCACGCCCUCACAGUCGUGGUCAAACUGGCUACAAGGAGAACCUUACCCACAACGAGCACGACAGACAGACACAUCUAUGCAUCUGUAUGUGUAUUGCCCGCCCCCGCGCAGUGCUUACCCCCAUCAGUGUUGCCCCUCUGCUUCUUGGUGAUGGCCUUCAUCUGCUGCUCGGCGGUGUGGAUGGCGUCGAGGGCGCUCGUGGCCAUCUCUUUGGCCGCCCGGCUCAUCUUGUUGGCCGCCACCAUCAUGGCCUUGGCCUGCUGCACCUGCCCCUGCACAAACGCCGCCGCCCCAGAGCCCUCCGACAACGCCCCUGCACACACAGCACAGCACCACACACACGCGGGAUGCACCCCACCCAGAUCCAACCAUCCAUCGCAUCUUCCCAUGCAUCCCGGCCGCACCUGUGUUGCCCGCAGCCAUGCCGGAGAUUUCGCCGGUGCGGUCCACAAACGACCCCCCUGCACACAGCAGCAGGUAGGACAGCCACAUAUGAGCCAGGAGUGAUGGGUGUGCCGUAGGUCUGCCUCCCUCUCGGAGCCAACCGUUAGGGACCUACCGUCGGCAGGGCAGUCGUAUCCCUCCUCACAGUCGCCGCGCGUGGCCGUCGCCAUGGCCACUGCCGAUGUGGCCGCCAAAGCGAUGAGGAGCAAAAACUUGGUAGCCAUGCCCAUCAUCGCUGCCAACAAGCUCUCGGAGAGAGAUCUAUGGGGAGACACGCCCCCGCCGCAAAUUUCAUCUGGAAUCUCCCCCCUUCGGCGGCAACGGCCUUGCGAGGAUCGGAAGAUCACGG